GUUCGCUGUGGUACCGUAGAGUUAUAUAUUCCGUGAAAUUUCCGAUUGACGGAGAGAGAGAGAGAAACCCUAGCUCAGAAACCAAAAAAGAAAACCCUAACCCUAACAAGGCUUAAAUAAUGUCUGCGACAGGAGGUGGUGGUGGUCAGGAGGAAGACAAGAAGCCUACGGAUCAGUCGGGGCAUAUCAAUCUCAAGGUCAAAGGCCAGGAUGGGAAUGAGGUGUUCUUUAGGAUCAAACGUAGUACCCAGUUACGGAAGCUGAUGACUGCUUACUGUGAUCGACAGUCUGUGGAGUUUAACUCCAUUGCGUUCUUAUUUGAUGGGCGCCGACUUCGAGGAGAGCAAACUCCAGAUGAGCUUGAAAUGGAGGAAGGUGAUGAAAUUGAUGCUAUGCUGCAUCAAACUGGCGGUGGAGGUGAGCAUAGAGCUGUCUAGCUCCUCCAAGGUGGCCUACAUAUGCAUGUAAGGGGGUAAACAUGGUGGGAGAAUUGCCAUAUAUUCUGAAAACUUACUUGUCUCUGGACAUUACUGUCAAGAAAAAUGGAUUUGAUGCAUACCUAAAAAAGUUUCUUGGACUCAAGUUAGUUCUUUUGUUAUUAUGCAAUGGUUACUGGAUUGACUAUAAAUGUGUGUUUGAUGUUGGUGUUUUUAUUGUUGCAAUUUAGAAAUCUGGAAUCUAUUUCAGGUUCCCCCAUGCC